AUAUCCUGGACGUAUCGCUUACAAAUAGUUAUCAACCCAUGAACAAACAUAGUUUUCGGUAUUUUUGUUACCCACUGCUUCGUAUACAACUGUUUAUAGAUUGCUGAGGGAUAAUAUACAUUGGAAUGUCGUGAGAUCUAUUUCUAGUCAACACAAUAUACGAUCGAAAAUGACUUUCAGGGCAAAAUUAUCCCGGAACUGACUGCACGGCGACAAACCGACGAAGAGAUGACCUAUAUUUAUUGCUGCGCAAGGAUCCUUAAUCAUUGACGAAAAAAUGUGUUUACCCCAGUUCGCCCUUUAUAGUCGGCCUUGCUGUAAGUGACUUAGCCAAAAGCGAAUGGUUUCCCUUUGCACAGAGAGUAAAUAAUAAUGCCGUAUGUUUUGACUGCCAACGGUAAAGCUGACUCUGACUGCAUUGUCAGCGAACGAGAACUUCGGAUAACUACACAGGGCGGGAAGUCAAAAGAAUUAACAAUCGCGCUAGAUGACGUCAUAGGAAUAGAGACAAAUGACAUCGAGCUGAAUGCCUCCAUCAACCAAUCAAAAACUACAAAACCAAAAUGGUUGUGUAAGGUCCACUACAUUACGAGGAAGAAGUUAGUGUGGAAACAGAACACCUUGUGUGUAACAGGACAGGUGGAGGAGUGUCGGAGGUUCCUCUCCGAUCUACAGCUACACUUCCAGAAAGUGUGCGGCCAGCGCCCAAAGCGCCUCCUGGUGUUGGUGAACCCGAUAAGUGGUGGUAGAUAUGGGCAAAGUAACUCUAGACGAAUACUGCCCUUGUUUGAACUCGCUCGCAUUACUUGCGACGUAAAAGUAUCGGAAAGAGCGAAACACUUCGAGGAGAUGGUUUCUGAGUAUGAUCUGACCACGGUAGACGGUAUAGUGAUUUUCGGAGGAGAUGGCUCAUUCUCUGAAGUCCUAGCCAGGCUACUUAGAGUUACCCAUCAGAAGGCAGGUCUUAACUAUAAUGAUAUGAAUGGACCAUUUACCUCCAAUACCAUACCCAUAGGAGUAAUACCUUCUGGAACAGGAAAUGGUAUAUCUGUAACGCAGUACGGACACUAUGACACUGUUACUGCUGCCCUCCACGUCAUCAAAGGAAACACUGUUAAGAUUCCAUUAAUGGCGGAGUACUGUGAUGACGAACUGCUGGGCUAUGCCACGGUGGUUACUUGCUACGGCCUAUUCGCAGACAUGAUGUAUUAUACGGACAAACAACGCUGGAUGAGAAGAGCUCGUUACGCAGUCAUGCCGUUCUACAUGAUGUUUCUGAAAUCUCAGAGGCUCUUCGAUGCUGAAAUAACACUAACUGGCAGUCAACUCAGUGCAGCAGAUGAUACAGAGGGCUCCAAAAAAGAAGAAAAAUUGGCAGGGGAGUUCAGUUUGGUAGCAUUUUUUCCUGCAAAAGCUUUUGGAGUUACAGAAGGUGAAGUCCUUACUUUGAUAUUCCGACGUACCCCCAAAUCACACUUUUUUCGUCUUAUCGUCAAAAUGAUGAAAAGAGAAAUGUUAACGGAAGAGGAUUUCCCUACACUAACAAUACGACAGCCUUCCAGCGUCAGGAUAAAGGUUAAUCCAAGGGAUUUAGGCGACAACAAUUUCCUCAACUACCUCAUGAAUAUUGAUGGAGAAAUACACACAAUGAAAAAGGCCGAUGUGAGAGUAAAACUACUAUCGGACGCAGUAAACGUGUUUUCCUCGCUUCAUCUGUACCCCGACCCUGAUUCACAGUCGCCUGCAUCAACAACAGCGUCGAAGUCACCAUCUGAGGCGUGUGCUUCCGACAACUGAAGACAUAGAAAAGACACAAUCUAAGCCACACAGUUGAAAUGUGAAUAACUAGUGCCAUAGGUAUCCAGAUAUUUGAUUCCCAUUACUUCAUUAACUUUAUCAAUAUUAUAAAUAUUAUAUGAAUUUUAUAUUGCAAACGGUAUUUGCCAUCAAAACUACGUGUAUUUUUCUAGAGUUGAAAUACUGCUUUGGGCUACAAAAUGACAACCCUGCAUUGCAAUAUUUGAAGAGAAGAAUAUAUUUUUGACAUAUGACUAUGUUUUUGGCUCCAAGUAAAUGUAUUUUUUUUCUGGUAUAUGUUUAACUCGGUGUGGGUGCAUUUUAUAAAGCCUUGCUGUAUUGGCAAAUUGCACAAAUAUUUUUGUGAUGUAAUGGCAAUUCACAAAGCAAUCAUUCUGCUUAAAAUGCUAUCAAAAUAAAACCGUACAAUAUUGAUGAAAGUCAUAUUUAAUUAACUAUAACUGUUUUUGGCAUAAUAGAUUAUCAAAGUAUUGUAAUCUGUAUAUUGUACAGCUUAUGCUCUCUGUUUGAUCAGGCAUGUUUAUACAGUUCUUUGUGUAAGUCUUGUGGAGAAAUUUUGUUGUAUCCGACUGGACAGAAUACCUGGUAGUACACAUGACUCUGCUACAAGAAAUAUUAAAGAGGUUUAUCUUUAAAGUAAACAGGAAAAACAAUAUUCCUACAUAAUUUGAUUUAGUAACACUUUACAUAAUCAUAAAUGAUGAAUAUCUAGGUACUACACAAACGUCAUAGACAAAUUGGUACUACAGUACUUUCGUAAUAUGAUAAUUAAAUGAUUGGAUAUUGCGAUAUUAAAGAGGUAUGUUACCUUGACUCUGUUCUUUACAAAAGAGUUCCACUAUAAUCAAAAAGACUUCGUGAAUGCUCUAGACGCCACAUUCACUAUUUGGACUAUUUUUUUGAAAGAACAGUAAACAGUAAAAUUACGCAUAUUUUGAUUUCUGUGGAAUACGAAAUCAAUGGGUAAUUUAAAAGGAUAGAAAUGUUUUUAGAAACCAUACAUUAGUGCAAUAUGGUAAAAUUAGUUAUCAGCAAAAGUUUGCAUCAUGCAAAGUUAAAGUAUACAUAGGAAUAAAAAAAAAUACAUGGUUCAUGUCUCUAAAAGCAUUGCUUUAAUUAUCAACCGAUUUGAAUGAAUAUAUAUACAAGUGUUAUAAUCAUGAUAUACACAGUCAGUACCACGAGUUUACGCUUCAGGCUGCUGCAAUAACGGUCACUUAUUGCUUUCAUUACUCGACUGACUUAGUUAGGUGAACGUUCAUACUAAUAAAUCUAUAUUAAUUGGUAAGAAAAUCCAUCAAAGAAAUUCACAGUCAAGGUGCUACAUUCCGUGUCGAGGUCACUUACCUGGUGCUAUUUUUUACAAAAAUAUUUCUAUCAAUAAGUAUUUAUUAGUUGUUGAAAAAAUAUAUGAAAGAAAUGUUAUGAAAAUUAAUCAUGUAUACAUAUUUCUGACAACCCCAUUGAUGCGGCAAGUCCUGAAUUCAUUAAAACAAUUAAUGUGUAUUUCAUAUCCAUAGUUUUCAUCUAAUGCAUAAGUCUGACCAAUUUGUACUUAUUCUUUUAAUAUUCUUUAUUUACCUUUACGUUUUAAUUAUGUUUAUAUUAGUCUGUGUUGUGAAAUUAAAUGAUUUAUGAAAUUUACCAGAAUAAACUAUAUACUU